AUGGCCCUGGUUCAACAGUAUACCGUGAACGAUUCUACGGUUUUCGUAUCCUAUCCAAAUCCUUCUGAACUAACCUUUCAACAAAACAUGGCUCAUUUAAUAAACGCCAAAAGAAACAAUCCUCGUCUGGACUCGGCUAUAUGUAUGCCUUCGGCUAAAAAGUCGACUGCCGUAUAUGAUACUUCAAAGGUAAUGAAGAAUGAGAGUAUGGAGCGUUGGGUUGAUGAUUUGCUAAAAGAAUUGGACAAUAUCAUGACGAUAAAUUUGAACAUCGAUCCCAAUCAAAAUAAUAGCCAGAGGGUUAAAGAGUUGAUCAAACAAAUAGAUGAACGUUUAGAUAAUAAUUUUAACGACAUUGAUGGCAUUCGUGAGUUUGUCCAAGAAAAGAAAGUUGAUUGCGAAUUGUUACUCAAAAGCGAAUCCAGCGAUGAUGAUUCGACUCUUGAAGUAUCAUCAGAAGAUAUCGAUAAUGAAAGCACUGCUUCUGUUGAAAAGUUUGAAAAAUCGAAGAAAUGCGAUACAAAAACCGUAAAACUUCAAAAGAACCCGAUCGCACGUGCUGGCAAUUUUUUAAACAAGGUGGCAGCAUCGGCAAAGAAACAUGCUGAUAGAGGUAUAAAAUUGACGCAUAAAGUAGAUAAAACGCAAAAAUGUGACGAUCAAGCCAAGAAACGUAUCGAAAAAGCAGGGACAUGCUCGACGAAUGUUGGUACGGUUGAAAAAAAAUCCAAACAUCAACGAUUACUUAAUGGCCGUUACCUAAUCGACAAAAAAGAUACCAUCGGUGAAGGUCAUCACGGAAAAGUAUUAAGAGGUAUUGAUGUUCAAACCAAAAUGCGCGUUGCCGUCAAAUGUAGAAUGAUGGUUCGUAUGGAAGGAUUGUCACAUCUGGUUCCGCUUUUGGACCUUGUUGAAACAUCGAAGAAGGUUUAUUACAUUAUGCCUUUAGCGAACAAAGACUUGAGUGAUGUCAUCUAUCGACGUCGUAUGACUGAACAUUGUGCCCGUGAAUUGAUGAAACCUAUAUUUGAGGCAGUCAAGUCUUUGCACGAUUCGGGUUUUGUUCAUCGCGAUAUCAAACCUGAGAACAUCAUGUUGUACCAAGGUGGUUAUGCAAAGCUUGGUGACUUUGGCCUUUCAACCGAAUUCGGUUAUCAUUCCGGAUUACAAGUUGUAGGUACUCCAGCUUUUGCCGCUCCCGAAGUUCUCGGUCAAUUCCAUCGAACCGAUAAAUUAGCAUGGCUCAAUUACAAACGCGCUGAUUUAUGGUCGUUAGGCGCAACAUUAUACGUCUGUCUUGCUGGACGAUAUCCAUUCGAUGAUCAAAGGCCGAUAAGCGAACAAGCUACAACCGGAAUCCAAUUUCCAGAAAAACGUUUUAAACAUUAUUCAGCAGAUGCCAUCGAUCUUAUUCAAAAACUUAUGCUUGUCGACCCAUUGAAGCGAAUUUCAAUCGACGAUGCGUUGAAUCAUUCGUUCUUCACCAAUCCAUAA